CUUGUUUUUCAGAAAAUAAUUAUCUUAUGCAUUGUGGCUUUUAUUAUAAGGUUUAAUUCUAAUUUUAACUUAUUUAAUAUUCGUCACAACAGGCGAAUGCGAUUUUUGCUCCAUAUGACUGCAACUGGAUAAACAACUGUGCAGAGACGAACCGGUCAAUCUUCAAAUAUAUUCACGAUUAAUUAAGAAAAUUAAAGAUUAUAAUUCUAUUUUGAAAACAACCCUUUUUAGCGGGAGCAAAGUGUUACUACCAUUAUUUGAGCUGUUUCUAUGUGCGAGGGGAGGUUGCUGCUGCUGCCACCGUUUUGGAGUCGGUACACAAGCCAGUGCCCCUGUCGUAACCAUAACAACAAUCUGAGCAGUAGGAGGUGGGAGGAGUAGAAAGGGUACGCCCUAAGAAACUUCUGAUUGGUCAGUUGAAGUAGGCAAUCUGCCUCUUUCCUCUCCUUAAUUUGCUCCGUCUACUGUCACAUUAAAAAGCCGCUUCCUGAUUGGCUACGUUUCAUCUCCUUUACCCUCCCUUGAGACUUUGAGUUAUCUCUGUCAGACGGCGCCUCGGACGACGACGACGACGACAUGCCCGUGACGCUGCCGACAGACAGCAGCCACAGCGGGAGCAUCCGCAAGGGCUGUGAUCCCUUCGCCCAGACUCAGCGCAGUAAACUGCAGCAUCGACGAGCUCGCAUCAACCAGCAGAUCAACAAGGAGAUGCGCAUGAGAGCAGGAGCGGAGAAUCUUUUUAGGGCAACAACCAACAACAAGGUGAAGGAGACGGUGGCUCUGGAGCUCAGUUUUGUCAACUCCAACCUGCAGCUGCUCAAAGAAGAGCUGGAAGAGCUGAACAGCAACAUGGAGGUCUACCAGACAGACAGUGAUGCCAUUAGUGUUCCCAUGAUCCCCCUUGGCCUUAAAGAAACCAAAGAAGUGGACUUUACUGUUCCCAUCCAGGAUUUCAUCUGUGAGCACUACGGCGAGGACAGCAGUCUGUAUGACAAGGAGAUCAAAGAGCUGAUUGAACUCAGACAGGCGAUGCGCACACCCAGUCGGAGCCAGGCUGGGCUAGAACUGCUGAUGGAGUACUACAAUCAGCUGUACUAUCUGGACCAGCGCUUCUUCUCCUCACACAGGAACCUGGGCGUUCACUUUCACUGGUACGACUCUCUGACGGGGGUCCCAUCGUCCCAGCGUGCGCUGGCUUUUGAGAAGGGAAGCGUGCUGUUCAACAUCGGAGCCCUGCACACGCAGAUCGGAGCGCGGCAGGAUCGCGCCGCUACAGCCGGCAUCGACAAGGCCGUAGACGCCUUUCAGCGAGCUGCAGGUGCAUUUAAUUACCUUAAGGAGAACUUCUCCAACGCUCCAAGUCUGGACAUGAGCGCUCUGUCUCUCAGCAUGCUGGUUCGCCUAAUGGUUGCUCAGGUGCAGGAGUGUGUGUUUGAACGCAUCACAAUCACCACCCGGGACACUAAGUUUACCUCCCAACUCCAGCUGGCACAAGAAGCUGCACAGGUGUCGGAUGUUUACUCGCUGGUGCACCAGACGAUGACGCAACCCCUGAUGAAGGACUAUGUGCCAUUUUCAUGGGCCUCCAUGGUUCAAGUCAAAUCUGAACACUUCCGUGCUCUUUCCCACUAUUACGCUGCUGCUGCGCUCUGUGACCACACAGUAUCUUUUGAUGGAGAAGAGUGUGAUAAGGAGUCAGACAAGGCCUUCCUCAAGUUUUAUGUCAAUAUUGCUUCAGGACAAACUCUCAGCCAGAUCCUGCAGGAUCCUGAAAAAAGGCGAAAGCUCGGUAAAGCCCACCUUCGGCGUGCGGUUAUGAGGCACGAGGAGGCCAUGCGUGUCCACAGUCUGUGUAAGAUCCUGAGGAAGAUGGACAUCCUGCAGGACGUCCUGUGUCAAACACACAAGCGUUCCUUGGAGAAGUACUUGGAGCUGGACCGCGAAGACGACUUUGACGAAACAGCAGAAGCCCCAGAGAUACAAGCUCAUACUCAGCAGAAACCAGACAUCACUCCACCAAGCUUCACUACAGUCCAGGUUUCUGACAUCUUUCAAAGACUGGGCCCCUUGUCAGUGUUCUGCUCAAGGGCCCACUGGGGCCCCCCACGUGUGAUCCGCCUGCAGAAAAGAGAAGGUGGGAUGGGUCUCACACUCCGAGGGGACUCCCCUGUCCUGGUUGCUGGAGUCGUACCUGGAGGCUGUGCAGAGGAGGCAGGACUAAGAGAGGGAGACUACAUUGUAGCAGUGGAUGGACAAGACUGUAAGUGGGCCAAACACGGGGAGGUGGUCCUCAUGCUGACGAGCAGCAGUGACAGAGAAGUAGAGAUCAGUGUGGUGACGUUACACUCACAUGACACACAGGUGGAGAGAAAGGCGGCAAUGUUGUCCCUCAGCAGCGACAAAGAAAACAGUCGCCAAAGGCUGCUGGGCGGGGCCAAGGGGCAGAGCUCCGGCUCCUUGUUGAACUGGAACAGGAAGAAAAAGAGGGAAGGCGGCGGUGUCGCCAAGAAACUAGGAAGCACUUUUAGUUUGUCUUUUGGAAAUAUCCGUGACACGGAGACCAUGUACUGAGACGGGACUGUGGAGGAAUCACUCAGGGACCCACAACAGCAGAGAAGGUACGGUGUGCAGCAACGGUUCAAGGAGCUCAAGCAUAGAAAGGCAAGUCUCUCUGGAGAACUGGACAAUUUUUUAAGUCAAAAUGUGAGUUUUUUUUGGCAAAACCUGCCUAUAAAGAAGCUGUGAUAUAAUCAUGUAAUGAAAAACUCUACUUUAAAACAUCAUGGCUUUGCUUUUACUGUGCAUACUUUUAAAAAAAAAUUUGUAAAUUUACUGUUUCUACAAAAUGACACUUAUGGAAAUCAUGACCAGAGGGCAACAACAGUACUAAAGGGAGUUUCAGUAUUAUUGGAAAAAUAGGUUAUUUUCUCCAGCUAAAGAAGCCUCAGUGGUUGCAUCCUCAAGUUUUCAGUACAUACUGUACCAAGUUAUGCUGUGAGGGUUGAAGAAUGUGUUGUUAGUUGAAAAAGUUUUUGGGCUUAGUUUUAGGAUAGAUAAAAUCACCCUCACUUAAAAAAUGUUAAGUCAAACAUUUCUUUAAAAAGUUGAACGAUGUUGUUUAGACAUGUUUUAAUUUUAUUUUCAAUCUUUGUUUUCAUCAGCAUCAGCCUUUUGUAUGCAGGUCUUGGAAUAAGACACUUAUGAUCAAAUGAGGGAAUGUAUUGUGCUGCAUUUAGAAACCCGUUUGAUUUUAUUGGUUUUACUACAAAAGAAAAUUCAGAUCCAGAAAAGAUACUUUUAUCACACUGCUGAAGGAGCCUACAGGGAUUGUGAUUAAGAAUUAGAAACAGUAUAAAUAUGUAAUGUUUUAUUAUAAGCCAAUGGUGCUGACUGUGUUUUAAUGAAUUAAAAUAUUACUUUGUGAGGUUCAAGAAGAUUUAAAUUCACCUUGGUACUGCAACCGUUAACCCGCUCAUUUAGCACAGACAGAAAAACAGUAGUUGCUGAUGAAAGCAAAUAUUGGGGAAAAAAACAAAAGGGUCAUAUUUGGAGAGAGGAGUUAUCAAUUAUAAGCUGCAAAUCAGACCAAUUUUCUGUUCACACUACAGGGGGCGCCCUUUCACACUGACCGGACAAAAAAAAAAAAGCAAUAAAAAG